AGACUCAGCUUUAGUUUACUUUCAAACGCUGUCGAGAACGAGACGAAAAUGCGAAUUAAAUACGUGAUGAUUUUAAAGUUUUUGUUACUUUUCGUGGUUGUGACGGCAAAAAGCAAUUCUAAUAAUAUAGAUUAUGAAAUUGUUAAAGUGAGUAAUCAAUGCGAUGGUUUUUGUUUCAAAAUGCUGAUGCCUAUUCUGGAGAACAUUGCGGAAAUAAAGACUAAACUUGCCAACUAUGAAAAUCUGCUCCAAUCUAAGGAUGAGCAGAUUUUAGAAUUGCAGAAUCAGCUGGAGCAAAAGACAUGUCCUGAAAACAACGUCGAAAAAUCAGCUGCAUUACUUCCAGCAAAUGAGGCUGCUAAUCAGACGAAAGAAUUGGUUAUACAAGAGUUGCCAACAAAUUGUCUUCUCUAUGAGAACUCAACUGGUAUUAAUGAUGUAGAGGUGCCCAAUGUUGGCAGACUUAAGGUGCUAUGCGAUGAAGGUGGUUGGACAGUGGUUCAGAGACGAUUCAAUGGUAGUGAAAAUUUUUAUAGGAACUGGUCUGAUUAUCGCAAUGGGUUUGGUAAGCUGCAGGGAGAGUUCUUCAUUGGAUUGGAGGCAUUGCAUCAGAUGACAAUGUCAGAGCGCUUUGAGUUGCGCAUUGAGCUUAUGGAUUUCCAUAAUCACGUUCGCUAUGCUCACUAUGAUAAUUUUAUCAUAGGCAGCGAUGAAGAUGAUUAUAGACUGAAGUCUCUGGGAUCCUAUUCGGGCAAUGCUGGAGAUGCGUUACGAUAUAAUCUUCGAGAUAAAUUCACAACUUUCGACUGGGAUAACGAUAAGUGGUCGUAUGGAAACUGUGCGAAAUACUACUCAAGUGGCGGAUGGUUCAAUUUAUAUGCCAAUAGUAAUCUUUUUGGCAAAUACUUUAACGAGCAAGUGGUAAAUAUGGAAGGCAUCUGGUGGUACAACUGGAAGGGCUACAACUCUUUAAGCUCCGUCAAAAUGAUGAUUCGCCCAAGAGAGUCCGAGAUUUAAGUUCAGACUCCAAUUUGUUUACAUAAGUCAUUAUAUUUUAUUAUUAUAUUUUGCAGCUGUUAACACAUAGUAUAUAUGUAUACAAAGCCAAGAUAUGUUAUGAUAUUUGGUUUUGCUGCUUGUAAAUUUUGUGUAACACAUGUAAUAAUUUAUUAAUUAACUUAUUCACAUGGAACACAGUUUUGUUUGCCUGCCUUACACUAAAGUGAUAAAGCGUAAUAUUGAAAACUUAUUGAAAUUAAGGAGUCAGAGAUGCUAUAGCUGAAGUAAUUAUAAGAUUUGAACAAGUUGUUAUUAUAUAAAAAUUAGUGAUAGUAAAACUUUAUAGUUAUCGGAGUUAAAGAAAAUAAUUCUUUAGAUACACAUAUUAUAAUCGUUAAACUCAGGUAACGUCAGUCACAAAUUUCAGCUUGUGACUCUCCAACAUUUUGAUUAACAGCAAUAACACCAGGAGUCUAAAGUUGAAAAAACUUUGAAGCAAGCUCAAGAUUAAACAAGAACAACCAGCGGCAAUUGCUUUUUCCUCUAUUGAAUUUUGAAUAUUGUGUUAUUCGCAAGUAUUGUAAUAAAAUCAUAACAUGUUUUGUCAGCCCGUAAAUCUGUUUGAAGCAUUACAUUAAUGAAAAUCUGAUAAUACAACUGGAAACAAACAAAGG